AUGUACCAGAAGUCAGAACUCAUAAGAAAUCAGAUUCUUCACACUGGAGAGAAGAAAUGUGAAUACAAUAAGCUUAUGGGAGCCAUUGAUGAACAAUUAUCUCUGCAAAGACAUAACAGACUUCUCACAAGGGGAAAAAUGUAUGAAUGUAGUGAGUGUGGAAAAGCCUUCAACAGCUACUUUGGUCUCUUUAAUCAUCAGAGGUUCCACUCAGGGGAAAAAGCUUAUGAAUGUAGCCAGUCUGGAAAAGCUUUAGGAGACCACUCAGCUGUCCUUACACAUCAGAGAAUCCACACAGGGGAAAAGCCUUAUGAAUGUAGUCAGUGUGGAAAAGCUUUUUCUUGGAAGUCAAAAUUAAUCAUACAUCAGAGAAUUCACACCCAGGAAAAACCUUAUGAGUGUAGUGAAUGUGGAAAAGGCUUUAGUGAAGGCUCAAUUCUCAUUAGACAUCAGAGAAUCCACACAGGUGAAAAACCUUAUGAAUGUAGCCAGUGUGGAAAAGCUUUUUCUCAGAAGUCAUCUCUAAUUGUUCAUCAGAGAAUCCACACAGGGGAAAAACCUUAUAAGUGUACUGAAUGCAGAAAAGCCGUUAGACACCAUUCAGUUUUUACUAGACAUCAGAUAAUCCACACCGGGGAAAAACCUUAUGAGUGUAGUGAAUGUAGAAAAACCUAUAGAGACCAUUCAGUUUUCAUUAGACAUCAGAGAAUCCACAGAGGGGAAAAACCUUAUGAAUGUAGCCAGUGUGGAAAAGCUUUUUCUCAGAAGUCAUCUCUAAUUGUUCAUCAGAGAAUCCACACAGGGGAAAAACCUUAUGAAUGUAGUAAUUGUGGAAAAGCUUUUUCUCAGAAGAUACACCUAAUCAGACAUCAGAAACUUCACACGGGGUGGGGAACUUAUGAAUGUAGUGAGUGUGAAAAAGCCUUCACCAGCUAUAUUGGUCUCUUCAAUCAUCAGAAAUUCCACACAGGGGUAAAAUCAUAUGAAUGUAGCCAGUGUGGAAAAACUUAUAGACACCACUCAGCAGUCCUCAGACAUCAGAGAAUCCACACAGAAGAAAAACCUUAUGAAUGUAGUGAGUGUGGGAAAGCUUUUUCUCUAAAAUCAAACCUAAUGACACAUCAGAUAAUCCACACAGGGCAAAAACUUUAUGAAUGUAGUGAGUGUGGGAAAGCUUUUUCUGUGAAGUCAAGCCUAAUGGGACAUCAGAGAAUCCACACUGGGGAAAAACCUUAUGGGUGUAAUGACUAUGGAAAAGCUUUUCUCACAAGUCAAGUCUAA